AUGCAAGAAACACAACCUGCACCUGCACCGGCUGUAGAAGAAGACAGCUCCUCAGAGCUCGGAAGCCUUUUUGAAGAUUCCUCUGUUGCUUCGUUGAGAUCGAGCAUCCUCGAGAACCAGAUUGAGAAUGGACGUACAUACCACUCCAUGAGCGCUGGAAAGUAUGCAUUUCCGAACGAUGAGAGAGAGAACGACCGCUUGGACUUCCAACAUCGUAUUUGGCAGAUGGCUCUUGAUGAAGAAUUGGCGCUUUCCCCCGGUCACAAGACAGCAAAGCGUGUUCUCGACAUGGGAACAGGAACGGGCAUCUGGGCAAUCGAUUAUGCGGACGCGUACCCUUCCGCUGAGGUUAUUGGUGUCGACCUGAGUCCUAUCCAACCUGAGUGCCAGGCGCAUAGGGCACCCCCCAAUUGCCGAUUCGAAAUCGACGAUCUCGAAAAGGACUGGACGUGGACUGAGCCUUUUGAUUUCAUCAAUUGCCGUAGUAUGGCAAGCUGUUUUGCCAACCCAGCAAAAGUUGUGGAAAAGUGUUACAAUGCCUUGACACCAGGCGGGUGGUUAGAGGUUGCUGACCUUAUCCUGCCAUUGAGUUGCGAUGAUGGCAGUGUUCCUAAGGACUCUCACCUCUACCGCUGGCAUAAUCUGCUUGAAGAGGCUGCAGAGAAGAUGGGCCGACCAAUGGUAGGUUUGGUCCAAGAGACGGCGAAAAUGAAGGAAGUGGGCUUUACCAAUAUUACAACGACGAAGUGCAUCUUCCCGCUCAACUCGUGGCCCAAGGACGAAAAGCUGCGGGAAAUUGGCAAGUGGCACUUCGUUAACCUUAAUCUUGGCCUUGAAGGACUUUCAAUGGCAUUGCUCACCCGCGCUCUGGACUGGACCAAGGAAGAGGUUCUCGCUUUAUGUGCUCUUGUGCGGAAUGAUCUGAAGAACAAGAAUAUGCACGCCUAUUGGACAUGUCAUAUCAUUUGUGCCCAGAAGCCUCUUGAGGAGGCCGAAGAAGAUGCUGCGGCUCAAGCAAACUAA